UGUAGGUUAGCAGCGAAUCGGCGUUCGAAAUUCGGAUCUGAAGCCAAACGGUAGAGUGAACUCGCGUUAGCCAGCAUUCUAAACCAUGAUUAGACUGGGUUCGCUAGUUCAAAUAUUAUUAUUGGCUAUUUCUGUCUAUGCUCAACUGAAUGAUGUCAAAUUCCGAGUCAAGAGACCUUUCGAACGAGAUCAGAAACCAUUCGAAGAGGAGGAAGAUGGCAUGUAUGGCCUCUGCGAAAAUGACUCUGGACAAAUGUAUUACUACAAACAGUAUGAAGGACAAGAGAAUAUCUGCGAGAAAGAAGUAGCGAAAAUCAAAUACAGCAACAAAAUCAAUGAGACCGGAUGGGCAUUCGUUGAAGUAGAAGUUGCAGACAGGGUGGUCGAACCGUAUAUGCAAGGUUAUGCUGCUGGCUUUGUUGAAGGCAAAACCACUCGCGAUCUCAUUUACUUGCACUUGUCCAACACGGUAGAUGGCUUUUGCAAAGGAGCAGAGGAAUUUUGUGAGGAACUCAACCAGUAUCUGCUGGAUAACUAUGUUUGGAUGGAAGAGAAAAUUGCUAAAAAUCCUCUAGACAAUUACUGGAUCCAGGUGAACAUGACCAUCAACCAUCUACUUGGUAUGAUUGACGGCUACGAUGCACAACUCGGACGUCGACUGGGAGUUCAGGAAAUUGUUUCACAUCCUCUAUUCCUUAUCCAACUGGCUGGCGAUAUUGAAGAUCUGGCCAUAAAGUUCAAGAAGCCAGAAACUCGAAGGAGUCGAUUGGCGGGCACAGGACAUUGUUCAGCACUUGUAAAAGUACUCCCAGACCAUUCCGAUAUUUACUUUUCGCAUGUGACAUGGGCUUCCUAUUCAUCUAUGCUACGUAUGCAGAAACGCUACACAUUUGCUACCUCGGAUCCUGGAAGAAGCUAUGCUUUCAGCGGUUAUCCAGGAUCUAUUCCAUCUGUCGAUGAUUUCGUAGUCACAUCUUCUCGUUUGGCUAUAUUGGAAACGACCAUCAGCAAUUACAACGAGAAGCUGGAUGAGUAUAUGACGCCGGAAAGCGUCUUAUGUUGGAUUAGAACGCAGGUGGCUCAUCGCAGUGCCUCAUCUGGAGUUCGAUGGGCGAAGACAUUUGCAAAAUACAACUCCGGCACCUAUAACAAUCAGUGGAACAUUCUUGACUACAAAAAGUUCCGCCAAGGUCAGCAAGACAAACUUCUCCAUGGUCUACUGCAUGUGUUGGAACAGCUACCGAACCAUGUUGUGCACACCGAUAUGACGCACACUCUGCUACGACAACAGUACUGGCCAAGUUACAAUUCACCAUAUUUCCCGAAAAUCUUCGAAUGGUCCGAGACUGACAAGAUGGUGGAGAAAUUCGGUGACUGGUACAGUUAUGACAAAACACCCCGAGCGCUGAUAUUCCGUCGAGAUCACGACAAAGUGGUUGAUAUGGAAAGUAUGAUUCAGUUAAUGAGGUCAAACAACUACACCCAAGAUCCGUUGUCGAAAUGCGAUUGUGUUCCACCAUACUCUGGUGAAAAUGCCAUUUCUUGCCGCAGUGAUUUGAAUCCACCAAAUGGUACCUAUCCUUUUGCUGCUCUUGGCCAUCGAGAUCAUGGUGCAACCGACAUGAAGGUUACCAACUCACAUUUGAUCGAAAUGCUCUCAUUCACUGCCAUUGCUGGCCCAACCCACGACCCGACACCCGUAUUUGACUGGACUACGACUCCAUUCAGAAAGAUAGUCCCGCACAAUGGACAACCUAUUCGGUGGACAUUUGGGCCCAUUACACACGAAUGGGAAGAAUCGCUAUUUGCCAGCAAGCAAAUAAAUUCCUCAUCUGUACAGCUAGUUGAUGAUAUUGAAACGCUUGAAAGCCUCAAACAAGACCUUGAAAAUUUUGUACCAAUUUGAUCCCUUUCUUUAACAAAAAUUCACUUUUCAUCCUACCUUGAUAUUUGAAGCAAUAUGUCUAAUUUAUGCGUGUAGUCUAUGUACCAUAAUUAUGUUUGAUUGUCUUCAUAUUGAGACACAGUUGCAAUUUUGUUACAAUAAAUGCUUAAAGCGAAUAGAUUUGUGACUUUAGCGGUUUCUUCAC